ACAGGCCACACCCCGGCUAUCCCGGCCCGUGCCCGCCCAGUGCGCAGACGCGCAUGCCGUUCCGCGCAUGAGCAGUGCGGCUUGGAGCCCGCCAGCCCGUGUCUCCGGCGCCAGCUACGCCGCUGUGGCUGUCACUAUGGCCCAUUACAAAGCCGCCGACUCGAAGCGCGAGCAGUUCCGGAGGUACUUGGAGAAGUCGGGAGUGCUGGACACGCUGACGAAAGUGUUGGUAGCCUUAUACGAAGAACCAGAGAAGCCCACCAGUGCUCUGGAUUUUUUAAAGCAUCACUUAGGAGCUGCUACCCCGGAAAACCCAGAAAUAGAGCUGCUUCGCCUAGAAUUGGCAGAAAUGAAAGAGAAAUAUGAAGCUACUGUAGAAGAAAAUAAAAAACUGAAAGCAAAGCUUGCUCAGUAUGAGCCACCUCAGGAGGAGAAGCGUGCUGAAUAGAAUUCUUCUCAGUUGAAAAGACACUGAAAACUGGUUUUGUAUCACUUGAAUAGCUUGUAUAGUAUAUAAUCUUCCUGGAAAGAUGCUAUAAACUUUUAAUAUGUUAAAGCCACUCAUCACACUUUAAUGUUAUAAACACAUAUACAUAGAAUCACCAAUAAAAACUCAAUAUAACUUUCUUUGGGUCUUAAAGCAGGAGAAUCCAAAGUAGAUCUCGAAGAAAAGCUAAAGAACCACAUAACUUUUUACCUUCAAAGAAAUUUUAUUUAUUAUCCAAUUAGGAUUGAUGGUACUGGUUGUAUUUUAGCUAGGAGAUUUAGCAUGGAGCUAUUCCUUGGUUGAGGACUUGAGCAUAGUAGGCACACUCAUUCUUGACAGUGUAUUCCCAGUGGACAGAUCUGUGAUGUAUGAUGCUUCUGCAUGGAUUCCCAUGCAUCUUCUGCUCCUUAUAUAAUAUGGAAUAAGUAACUCUUCUUUGCCACCACUUUGCCUUAGAUAACUGUGUGUGUGCCAGUAUGAACUCUGACACCACGUUUUCUUUCUAUGCAAUCAUGCCCAUCUGAUAAUGCUGCCUUGCUGUGCUGUGUGCUGUAGUGCGUCCUGGUUGCACAUUAGUCUGUGUUGUUUUCAGUUUGCUUAACGCUGCAGCUACUAGAUUGUAAUUUAUAUAGCUUCCAACAGGACUAUACUCCUACCCUGCCUUACUUAGUUCCUUAGUUGAGCACAGAAGAGAGAUAAUAUAAAACUCUGGGUUCACGCACAAACUGGGAUGGGAAAGGGAUGAACCAUUAUGUCACAGAUGAUUAUAAUAUAUAAUUAUAUAGUGCUUUUUUCCUCUUAAAGGUAUUUUUUGAGCCUUGGAUUAAUUUUAUCUUUAAUAUCCCUGUGAAGUAGGUAGGGCAAAUAUGAGGGAGGUGGGUGCUGAAUUUUUUAGGCCAAAGACUGACGUUUAUAUGAAUUGGUUGCUAACUGUAGAGCCCUGGGCAGGUCAGUUAAUGGCUUGGAGAUUCCCUUUCCUCAUCUGUACCAUGAGAACAUGUGCUGCCUACCUCACAGGGUUGUUGUGAGGUCAAAUGAGAUGAUGUACAUGAACGAUUUGUAAAUGGUAAAGUACCACUUGUUUUGGUA